AUGGAGGACAGGCGAUCUAGACAACGCAGGAGCGUCGGGCAGGCUGCACUGCACGCGGCAACAGCCGCGAUCGCUUUGAAAAUUGGGUUUGGCCUCGUGCGAGCGGCAGGCAAGACAUUUCUGGGGGCCAACGGCAGCGGCAAGCGCAGUCCUUUGGAGCAGCAGCAGCAGCAGCAGCAGCAACAGGCAGAUGAUGACGAGCUCGGCGACCUGCCGGCGGCCCGCGAGCAGUGGCAGCCCUGCCCCGACCUGCCGCCGGCGUUGCCGCCGGACGCGAAGCUGGUGGCGAGCGCCGACCUGCCCAUAACCGUCUACCAGUUUUACGAGAGUUUUCUUAGCAUAGAAACGAGCUGCCUGCAGGACCACCAUGUCGCGGCCGGGCAGAGCGCCUUUCGGGCCACCAGGUGGAAGCCGGACGGCGCCGGCGGCCUUUCGCGCGUUUUUACGUUCGUCCAGCCGAAGAAAGGCGUGUGCAGCGUGCCCGCGCGCUGCGUGCAGCAGCAGCGGCUCAGCGUGCACCCGGGCGGCGUGCUGUCGCUCACGACAGACAUGCAGCCGGCAGGCAUCCCAUACGCGGACGCGUUUCGAGUCCAGAGCUUCUGGCUGGCGCGCCCCGCCGACCACGGCGCCGGCUGCCGCGUGGAGAUACGCGUCGCGGUGCCCUUCAGCCGCUUCUGCGUGCUGAAGGGCGUCAUCAGCGCCGCGUCGGUCUCGGACUGCCGGGAGUUUUUUGCGGGGUUCCUGGAAAAGGUGGCACGGGCGGCGGCGGAGAUGGCGGCGCCGGCAGCGGCGGGGACGGGCGCGACGCCGUUUGCGGGCGCGGCGCCGGCAGACGGAGAGGUCCACGUCUCGCGGCCGCGCGCCAGCCGCGCGCUGAGCGCCACGGCCAAGGCUAGCUUCUCCCUGCCCCCGCCGGGCCUUCAGCCGCGGCGCCGUCGGCUCCCCUCCGGGGCGCACGUCCACCGGCCGCCCAGCCUACACACGCUGCUGCUGGCCGCGCUGCUUUUGCUGCACGUGGUGUUGCUCUGCGAGUUCGUGGCGCUCCGGCGGCGGCUGGGGCGCGGGGACGAGGCCCCGUGGGACGCCACACUGGAGUUUGGGCGCGGCGCGGCGCAGCUCGCCCGCCGAGGCGCCGCCGAGCUCGCGCAGUGGAUCGCGGCUGCGGCCGGAGGCGCCGUGAUCAACGGGGCCGGCGCCGCCGCGGCCACGUGA